AUGAACUUCAAGAACUUUGGAAAUGAGCCGCCGGGAGAUGGCGGAUGUGGAAGGCAGCCAGGGAAUUAUCCUUUGGCACGACAGACGUCCAUCUAUUCACUGACUUUAGAUGAGCUUCAGAGCACCAUGCGAGGGAUGUCUAAAGAUUUUGGAUCUAUGAACAUGGAUGAAUUGUUGAAGAAUAUAUGGAGUGCUGAGGAGACUCAGACCGCGGGAUCUAGCAUUGGUGGACUAGAAGUGGUGGGUGUCUCGGGUGGCUAUUUGCAGAGGCAAGGAUCAUUAACGUUGCCAAGGACAUUGAGUCAGAAGACCGUUGAUGAGGUUUGGAGGGAUAUAUCUCAAGAGUAUGCUGGUGGUAAGGAUGUAAGUGGUGUUGGGGGGUCUAAUUUGCCACAGAGGCAGCAAACUUUGGGGGAGAUGACACUUGAGGAUUUCUUGGUAAGAGCCGGGGUUGUAAGGGAAGACGCUCAAUUAGCUGGAAAACCUAAUACCAAUGGAUUGUUUGGUGAUUUGUUGAGUUCGGCAAACAAUCCUUCUGUUCAGUCUGCUGCCAAUUUACCAUUGAAUGCAAAUGGGGUUAGGUCAACACAGCAACAGCUGCUAACACCANCGGGUAGGAAUACAGGGUUGAUGGGUAAUAGAGUGUCUGAGAAUAAUCAAUUUGCAGUUCAGUCUGCUGCUAAUUUACCAUUGAAUGCAAAUGGGGUUAGGUCAACACAGCAACAGCUGCUAACACCANCGAAACUUCAAUGGCAAGGAGAGCACAAUGUAAAGUCAGGUUAA